AUGGCGUCGAUGAUGUCCGCGGCGCGCGCGCGGCCCGCGGACGGCCGCCAGCCGCCCUGGGGCGACGAGACGCCCGUCUGCGCGAUCGGCGACGCCUCGCGCUGCGCCGCGCUCCUGAAGCGGUUCGGCGUCGUCGUCUUCCGCGGCGUCGUCCCCGCGGACGACCGGUCGCGGCUGGAGUCGCUGUUCUGGGACUGGCUGGAGCGGGAGCACGAGGGCGUCGACCGCGCGCGGCCGGCGACGCACGCGCCCCGCGUCUUCGACAGCCUCGGCCACAGGAAUUCGGGCGUCGUCAACACGGGCAGCAUCGGCCAGAGCGAUCUGCUGUGGGCCGCGCGGCAGCACGCCGGCGUCGUCGACGCCUGGCGCACGGUCUGGGGCUUGGACAUGACGGAGCCGGCGGCGACGACGCGGCAGCUCGUCACGUCCUUCGACGGCUGCGGCGUCUGGCGGAACCCGUGCCACCCCGCGCACGCGGGCAAGGCGAACGUGCGCACGGCCCAGAGCUGGUACCAUCUGGACCAGAACUUUGCGACGCAUCCCGGCUUCGUCGGCUACCAGGGCGCGCUCACGGUCUGGGGCGCGGACGGCCACACGGGCUCGACGGUCGUCUGCCCCGGGUCCCACAAGCAGUUCGCGGAGAACUGCGCGCGCGGCGGCAAGGCGGGCCGCGGCUCCUUCGUGCGCAUGGCGGGCCGCGGCGACGCGGAGUACUGCGCGCGGACCGCGCGCCAGGUCGCGCCGCUCGGGCCGGGGGACUACGUCAUCUGGGACUCGCGCGUCGUGCACUGCUCGAACGGCGCGAGCCGGAACCUCGCGCCGCACCACGUCCUCGCGGCGCGCGGCGUCUCCGAGCAGCCGAGCCUCCUGCGCCUCGCGCUCUACGUGGCCAUGAUGCCGCGCGAGCGCGCCGGGGCGCACGUCGUCGAGGCGCGGCGACGCGCGGUGCGCCGCGGCGCGACCUCGGGCCACGACCCGCUGCGCAUGCGGAGCGGCGCCGUGUCGCGCCGCCACGCGCCGCCGCCGGACGACAGCCCCAUCUUCCGCCUCGUCUAA